UAGCCAUGCUUCGUUGGAUUUAUUACAUGAUUCGCCUACUCAUAUUGAUGCUUUAUUUUCCAUUCUUUGUGUUUUAUUUCCUCUUCUGGAAGGUUGCAACAAGAGUAGGUAUAUAAAGACUCAAUUUAUAUCAGUUGCGUUUAAACUAUAAUUAACUAAUUCCAUAUAAUACAAGUUUGAUGAUUGUUUUGAACCAAUUAUUUCCCAACUAUCAGUUCCACCAAUUAAACGUAUCGAGAAGAAAAUGAAGGAACAGAAAGCAGCAAAAGAAGUUCUAAAAUUGGUAUGUGAUGAAAUAGAGAAGUUGGAAUUCCCUGAUGCUCAUCCUCUGUAUCAUAGAGUUGUUCUUGAGGCUGCACGUCAAAACAUUUAUGAGGUUGUUGAUGAGAUUUUAAUGAGAUCUCCUAAAGCAGUUCGAUAUAAAGAUGAGAGUGGGUAUGACGUUAUACAGUUAGCAGUUAUACACCGUUCAGAAAAAGUCUACAACCUUAUCUAUACCAUUGGGGAGCGUAAGAGUGUUUACAGAAUGAUCGAAGAUUCUUCUAAGAACAAUAUGUUGCACUUGGUUGGAAGAUUACCUUCUUUGCAGAAACUCAGACAUAGAAGAGGCCCAGCAUUACAGCUACAAAAAGAGCUUCACUGGCGCCAGGAAAUUGAGAAGCUCGUGUUUCCCACUUGCACUACAAAAGAGAACACUUUCAAAGAGACACCGGAUGAGGUGUUCAGAAGGGAGCACGAAAAUAUGGUGAAGGAAGCAGAAAAGUGGAUGAAAGCCGUAGCAGAAUCAUGCAGCAUCACUGCGGCACUAAUUACCACAAUUGUGUUUGCGGCAGCCAUUACCGUACCAGGUGGAAGCAAUCAAGAAACAGGCAUCCCGGUGUUUACAAAAGAAAUUGCUUUCACGAUCUUUGCAAUAACAGAUUCAAUCUCACUAUUUGCAUCCAGCACAGCAUUACUGAUGUUCUUGUCGAUCCUCACAGGAAGUUUUGAUGAGAGAGAUUUUCUAGUCAUUUUGCCAAGACGACUGAUGAUUGGUCUUUGUGCGUUGAUGCUAUCUACAACUGCCAUGAUGGUGGCCUUUGGGGCAACGUUGUUCAUUGUCUUUUCUCAUAAAAGACCAUGGAUGCUUGCUCCAAUUUGUUUAUUAUCUUCGGUCCCGAUUGCGACUUUUGGUGCUCUUCAAAUCCCCCUCAUAGUAAAUCUCUAUCGGUCGACAUAUGGACACAUCUUUGGCAAUCCAAAAACAAAAAAAUAACAAAUUGAAGACAUAUGACUUACAACUUAUUUUUGGAAAGUGAAACGGGCAUGCAUCUUGGAAUGAGGCAUCUACGGUCCAACAGUUAUACAUUGAAUAUGUUAUUCUGAAUAGUGAGAUUUAGAGGGUGUUUGGAUAAAUGCAUUUUUAGCUUAAUUAGCUUAUUGCUUAUUGCUUAUUGUGGUGGGAAUAAGCAUUUUUUUAAAAUGUGUUUGGAUUAAUUUAUUGCGGUGGGAAUAAACAAUAAGCAAUAAGCAUUUGAAGUGUUUGGCAAACAAAACAGCUUAUAUGAGUAAAAUGACUAAUAAGCAAUAAACAAUAAGCAAUAAGCAUUACCCCCCUUGCUUAUUAAAAUCAGCUUAUUUAGCUUAUUCCCACCGCAAUAAGCUAAUUUUUUAAGCAUUCUAUCCAAACACUUAAAUUAGCUUAUUGUGGUGAAAAUAAGCAAUAAGCAAUAAGCUGUCAUUUUUUUCCCUAUCCAAACACCCUCUU